AUGGCGGCCCCCGAAGAUUUCAGUAAUCCAUUCUGGACUCCUGCUCGGCAGGAGGCGCCACAGGAAGGGCCCCAGGGGGAAACACGGAAACAGUAUUCUUCCAAACAGCCAAUUUACCGCAUUGAAAUGGAUAUCGGAGGUCUGGGAACCAUCUCAGCCAAGUCGAAAACAAUGACACUACUGGAAUUUGUUGUCAAUCCCGAGUCCCCCGGUACUCAGCCAACCUUGAAGCUCACCAUUACCCCAUCAAGCUGUAUCUUGCAGAUGAGGAACAAAUACUCGGAAAGUUUCAAAAAUGUCCCCGGUGUUGUGUACCCUAAGCAGCCACCCGCCGCUCAUCUCAACACCCUAUCCAAGAAGGAUCCCACCGUGUAUUGGAUCUCCGUCGACCGAAGCAACAAGCGCUUCCGGUACGGACAACAUCUCACCAAUUUCUCGUUGACGUAUCUGGAUGUGGGUCUCGAUGGCGACAAGCCGUUUCCGAACUGGAUGGACACACUAACCUCGACGGACGUGUUUCAAGAUGGCGACAGUGUCCCUACCGGCGACCUCGCAUACGACCCGCUCCCCGUCACUAUGGACAAGCCUCCUCUCGUCGUGACAGACCAGGAGAUCUCCCUGGAAGACCUGGAGAAAUAUACUCGCACAACUUUUGCCAACCUCCCCCCUGGUUGCCAGACUCUCUACCACAACGUCGCCGGCCACAACAUCACGCUCGAGUCUCCCGACUUCCCCGACCUUGGUGAUGCGAUCGACGCCAGCUGUAAAAAUCAGGAGCUGGUCUGCGGAGACAUGCUUCAGAAGAAAGCCGACGACAACGAAUUUGGUGAUAAGGAUGAGACGUACUUGCGCAUUACCAUCGGCAACAACCUAGGCAAUUCCCCCGGUAUUCCGUACGUCAUGGAGAUCUGGCCCCCGGGCCACUCCUCGCCCAUUCACGACCACGGCAAGGCGUCCGCCGUCAUCAAGGUCCUGUACGGCAGUAUCCAAUGCUCAUGGUAUGAUGCCGUUCAGGAUCACCGGAAGCCGAUACAAGUGGGAAACUCGGUCAUACUGAAAAAGGGCGAUGUGACGUGGCUGGGCCAGAAGCAGUACCAGAUCCACAAGUUGGAGAACCCUGGAAAGACCGUGUGUAUCACGCUUCAGUGUUACCAGUUUGAGCAAAGUGAUAAGGUCCACUACGAGUACUUUGACUACCUCGAUCCGCACAACAACAAGAAACCAUUUACCCCUACCAGUGACAUGGCUUAUGGAAAGCUUGUUGCUCAGCUCAGACAGGAGUGGAAGGGGAAACAUGCUUGA